AUGUCGAGACAUUCGACGCUGAGCACAUUGUGCGCGAGCAAUGCAGCUUGGGAAUCUACUACGAGGAGGAUAACCGGAUCUACACGGCGGACCUUCUCGUCUUCCUCUCAACGAAAUGCCGGUAUCGCACACUUCACACAAACCUCCUCCUCCGAGCUCGACGAACUCCUCAGCACGAUCCGGCACAAGAUCAUCCUCCCGGCAUACCUACCGACGGAUCAGCGCAAGAAGAUUUUCUCGCCAAAAUACGAGAAGAAGCUCCAAUCGGACCCCAUCAUCAUCGAGAUCGACGGCGAGGUUCUGAAAUUCCGAUACCAGAACCCCUUCAAAGACAUCCCGCAGACGCGGCGCUCCGUCCUCAACGCCAUCGCCCUCUUCGACACCCCCGACGACUUCGCCAACCUGCGCCCUCUAGUCGAGGGUGUUGCGUAUGCGCAUCGCCACUUCGACCAGGGCUUCUACUGCAAGCUAGUGCGCGUGCUCGGCGCCAAGGGCCGCGUCUUCGAAGUCAUCGAACUGGCGCGCGGGGUGGCGCGGACGGGGUUCCGUCUCGAUUCGAGCGAGAAGGUCAACGAGGUCAUGCAUUUCGUCGUGAUGAAGGCUGUCAACGCGAGCGAAAACCCAGUGGGAGAGACGGCGCAGGCUCUACGAUGGGCCGAGGUAGUGCUGGAGCUGCUGCAGCUGGAGGCGCAUCAGCCGAAGCGUCUGAAGACCGACCCGGUGGUCGAGGGAGAACUGCCGCUACACAGGGACCCCAUGGUCCUCCUUGCGCCGCUCCAUCUCGCCGCGGCGCUGGUGUCGAAGCAAGGCGACGAGGUCAGCGAAGCUGUAGUCGACAAGCUGGUCAAGCACGCGCGGGACGUGGUUAGACUAUGGCCUGAAGGCAAGAAGCUCUCCGAGGUGCAGCCGCAGGCACUAUACGAAGAAUACGACAAGAUGGGGUAUCUAAAGGAACCAAACAAGUUCCUCGUCAUAACCGCGCCUCUACUACGGGGUCUCGAUAUAGCCGUCGAGGUCCUCGAAAGCGGUAACGCGGAGCUCGCAGCGCAGCUCCGAUCCCGUAGGGACGUUCUCGCUGCUGAGGUUCAAGAAGCGCGCGCGGGUGCGGGCGAGAAGAGGGGGGAGGCGGUGUAUCGGAAAUUAUACGAUAAUGCUGCGUGA